AUUACAGAAGCAAGACAUCAUCUUUUUAUUGAGAAAAAGCGUCGCAGUUCUGAAGAAGCACCUUCUGUUACUGCUGGUAUUACUACAAACAGUAACGCUCAUAAUGUUCAAAGUCUAUCAUCACAAGUACCGCAACGCGAGAAGUUUCUCAAGGCUAUCAAGAAGCUUUGUAGUCGUAAUACUGAUGAAGUCCUCGAUCUUAUCAUGUCAUUGACUGCAAAAGAAAGAUCAUUAUGCUAUUUUAAUUCUGAUUAUCUUACCAAAAAAAUUUUGGAAGCUAAUCAAGCAUUGGAAGCGGUUAAUUGUGAUGAAGAUGUCCAAGCAUCUUCUUCUAAAACGUCGAUUGGCUCUUCUGUAUCCAAAUCUGAACCUAUUUCCACACAGAUUGUAGAUCAACCUAAUGCUUAUGUUCGUGACUCUGCAUACGAAGAGACUGAACAGUUUAUGGAGAGCCUUAAAGGAAAACCUCUCCACGAACAGAAGCAAAGGUUGGGUGCUCGCCUAUUUCCAAAAGUCAAAGUGUUCAAUCUUAAAAGUGGUAUUGCCAGUAAGGUUACCAUUAACCUUCUGGACUCAUAUGAUCUCAAGGAUCUAGCUCAUUCAAUGAACGAUCCUGAGAAGUUUAGACAAAGAGUUAUGGCCGCCUCUGAAAAA